CCGGUCAAGAAGUUGUAGAAGCAAGUCUUCAUCGAGGGGUCAUUCGCCUCCACCUUCCCUCCCCGACCAAUAUGAGGCCUGCUUCGCUUACAACUGCUUAAAAUUCGGAAUCCCAACUUUCACGAAAUCGAGUGCAUGUUCAAGACCGACGCGACAACUUCUCAGCCCUCUAAAGGUUUUUGUUUUUAUCAUUCGACAUCCUACCACCGUGACAUCUUCUCAUCAUGGCAUCACAAACAAUGAAUUCGUCACUGCAACCGACUGAUGUUUACGGAGGAGGUAAUCUCUCUGCCAGCCAUCUUCAAGGUCAAUGAAUAUUUUACUAACAAUAUCAAUUAGACGAAGUAUCAGCCAUUGUCAUUGAUGCUGGAUACUCAAGUAUACGCGCCGGAUUUGCAGGAGAAGACACCCCAAAAUCUUUUAUCGACUCACAUUACGGCGUUCGCGAUGGAGAAUCCUUUUAUGGCGACAAUGCGAUCCAUGACCCAAGCGCAAACCUCGAAAUUCGCAACCCGAUGAACAAAGAUGGAAUUGUUGAAGAUUGGGACACUGCAGAACAAUUGUGGAAAUACGCAAUUACUUCACGACUUACGAGUUUUAAGCAGGCGGACCCUAGGACAAAUGGACUAAAUGACAAGCCGGAGGAGAUGGAUGUUGAUAUGGAUGUGGACGGCCAGGAAAAGCCAUUAGAAGAACACCCGUUAUUGAUGACAGAAACCGCGUGGAAUACGGCCAAGUCUCGAGAAAAGGCCAUCGAAGUAGCUAUGGAGUCCUGGGGUAGCCCAGCCUUUUGGCUCGCGCGAAACAGCGUCCUCGCAGCAUUUGGAGGCGGCAAAGCGACAGCAUUGGUAGUCGACGUCGGAGCAUCAAAUGCAUCAAUUAUCGCGGUGCACGAUGGGCUUGUACUCAAGAAAUCCGUACAAAGAUCUCCUCUAGCUGGCAAUUGGGUAUCCUCUCAAAUUCGCGCUCAGUUCAACUCCCCAGAAACCAAAGUUGAUCUCACUCCACAUUUUAUGAUCGCUUCCAAAACCCCAGUCGAUGCUGGCGCCCCAGCCCAAGCUACCUACCGUAACUUUAAGAUUCCUCCUACACCCAGUUUCCGCGCUUUGGAAGAGGAGCGUGUUCUAACAGAAUUUAAAGAAUCGGUUGUACAAGUGUGGGGUGGACCAAAUCGGCUGAAUGCUACCACCGGACCUGGAGUCACAAACGUGGAUUAUGCGAAACAACAACCUGGUCGUGUAUUCGAGAUGCCGGAUGGCGCCAACCAGAUGUGGGGUAUAGAGCGCUUCAACAUUGCAGAAGGUAUGUGGGAUGAAAAGGCAGCGUUACCUGCAGACAACGAGCCUGCUCCUACAAAAGCUCAAACUAUUCCUGAAAUGAUUAAGGCUUCGAUUGCGGCGGUUGAUAUGGAUCUACGGUCACAUUUGUUGCAGAAUAUUAUUGUCACGGGAGGUAGCACGUUACUUAACGGAUUUACAGAUCGUUUGAACAGCGAGCUGUCACUUCUAUACCCAGGCGCGAGAAUCAAGUUGCAGGCUGCAGGUCUUACGCAAGAGAGAAAGUUUGGUGCAUGGAUUGGAGGUAGUAUUUUGGGAAGUCUGGGAACAUUCCACCAAAUGUGGAUCUCGAGGAAGGAAUACGAAGAAUUUGGUGCGAGUAUUGUGGAGAAGAGAUGCAAAUAAACAAGCUUGCUAUUUCCAUGUCUACCGCGAAAAAUAAAAGUUAUGCAUGAGAUCUAUGGUGGUAAGGAAUAGAAGGGAAAGGUUGGAAUUGGCCUGGCGUUUGGGGAGUUUAAAUUGCGCGUUGAGAUUAAGAUAUAAUACCUUGGAUUGUAGAAUACCUAGUACGUGCACAAUUAAGUUCAUGGCAAAGCUAUACAUCUUUCUUGUAUAAUCUUUGCUUAACAACUGCGUUUUACCAUCCUCUCCAUCUCACCCAAACAU